UCCUUCCAACCCACGUGUUCCUCCUGUCGGUGUGGUUAAUGGUGUCCUGCAGGCUGAUCUCCUCUGACCUAAUCAGUGUAACCUCUCUCCAUAAUCAACAGUAAGAUGUUCAAAUUGGAAGGACUGGGACCGAAGCUGGACCCGGAGGAGAUGAAGAGGAAGAUGAGGGAGGAUGUGAUCUCCUCUGUCAGGAACUUUCUCAUUUAUGUAGCUCUGCUGAGAGUCACGCCCUACGUUUUAAAGAAGCUGGACAGCAUAUGAGGAUACUGCCUGCUCUGGAACAUCACCUGGACACUUGAGCACGCCCUGAAUGAUGCUGGUCACCUCCACGAAGCUGUCCGUCGUCUGUGGGCCGUGUUUCUCUUUUCUUUCCUUGAUGAACCUGAAUGUACUUUAUUUUGAGUCCGUGUUUUUGCAUUAGUGUUGUCCUUCAGUCCGUGAAUCCAUUCAUCAACGGGGAUACCGCUGGACCAUUCUGCAUUGCCCGCUAAACACGGACUGAGCAGUAGCGCUUUGGGGCCAGUUUCCCCAGAUAGAUUAAACAUAGUCUUGUGGUAUAAAUGCUAAAUCACUGUUGGAAUCUCUUUGUGGUUUAAGAUCAGGAUUAAUCAGUCUGUGAAACUGGUCCUAUAUGUAUGAGUGUUCCAUCAUCAGAAAUCUCUCUUUAUUUGUUAUAAAAUAAAACAUGGUAAUUCACACAAACAAA